CCUUAUUUCUGAACGAGUAUUCGGAUUUACUUGGUUUGUUUUGCUCCGGCUUUUUUGAUUGUGGUUUGGUUUUAGCAUUUCUAUUAAUUUUCCCAAACGAAAUAAAGUUCAAAAAUGAGUCGCCGUAAACGUGCUAAGGUCGAAAACCGCGAAUUGGAUGAAAAAUUAAAGCAAGAUGACUCUGAAUCUGACCAGUCUGAAAGGAGUAAGGUUACAUCAUCUAGUCCCACUUCUUUAGGAGGCCGGCGAGAGUCUUCAUCAUCUAGCCGAAACACUGAUGUCAAGGAUCUUAAGAAGGACGAAAAACAGUCUCCACAGGAGGAAACAAAAAAUGAUGACAUAGAAGAAAUUAACUAUAGAGAGAUGCUUAAUAGUUUGGAGGGUGCCGCAUUUCAGAGUCGGUUGCCAUUUGACAAGAUGUCUUCUUUAGAAGCCGAAUGUUUCUCUGAUCUCCAAGGUGCUUCAGCUCAUACAUUUGUUCAAAUAAGAAACCGUAUACUCAAACUGUGGUUUGAAGAUCCAAAGAAACAGCUUACUCAAGAAAUUGCAAUGCAGAAAAUGGAACCUCCAUACAAUGGUGAUCCAGCCCUUGUAAUGAGAACUCAUGCUUUUUUGGAAAGACAUGGAUUCAUUAACUUUGGUAUUUAUGAGCGUAUCACACCAAUACCAGCUCCACCUAAAGGAAAACAAAGGCCAAAAGUUAUCAUCAUUGGUGCAGGUGUAUCUGGACUGGCAGCGGCUCGUCAGCUGCAGUCGUUUGGAUGUGAAGUUGUGAUCCUGGAAGGCAGGGACAGAGUUGGCGGCAGAGUUGUCACUUAUAGAAAGGGCCCCUAUGUGGCUGACUUAGGUGGCAUGGUGGUAACUGGACUCGGUGGCAACCCUGUUACCACAUUGUCAGUCCAAAUGAACAUGGAGCUUCAUAAAAUAAAACAAAAGUGUCCCCUGUAUGAAGCAACAGGGAAUCAAGUUCCCAAACAUAAAGAUCAAAUGGUGGAGCGUGAAUUCAAUCGUCUCCUCGAUGCAACGUCUUACCUCUCACACAAAGUGGAUUUCAAUUAUUACAACGAUACGCCGGUUUCUCUUGGCCAAGCGCUCGAGUGGGUUAUAAAGUUACAGCAGAAGAAUGUUAAACAUAAGCAGAUUCAACACCUUAAAGCUCUUAUAACCCUCCAAGAAAAACUGAAAACAAAUAUCAACAAAAUGUCCGACAUCCAAGAACUUUUGAGGUCUAUGAAGACCGAGAAAGAAUCUCUUUUGUCUGAAAGGGCUAAAGGCGUCGCAACGGGUGACGCGGGCAUUUUGCAAGAGUUCAACCUACGCAGGUUAAACAGGGAGAUGACUCAGCUGUGUAAUGAAUAUGAUUCUCUGUUGUCGCAGAACGCUACCAUCGAGGAUAAAAUCACUCAGUUGGAAAGUAAUCCUCCGAGCUCCGUGUAUCUGUCGGUGCGUGACAGACAGAUUUUGGACUGGCAUUUCGCCAACUUGGAGUUCGCCAACGCCACGCCACUCGGGAACCUGUCGCUGAAGCACUGGGACCAGGACGACGACUUCGAGUUCACCGGGAACCACUUAACAGUACGCAAUGGCUACUCGUGUGUUCCCGUGGCUUUGUCUGAAGGCCUGGAUAUAAGGUUGGGAACUGCGGUCACUGAUAUCCAGUACAGCGGUCCUGGGGUCGUCGUGAAGGCAGUCAACCCACGAGCUCCGAAUCAGCCACUCACUUUCAAAGGAGACGUGGUCCUGUGCACUCUGCCGCUGGGCGUCCUGAAAGUUGCCGUAGCGAACAACGGACAGAGUCAACAGAACUUCGUCAAGUUCGAUCCGCCAUUGCCUGAUUGGAAGGUGGCAGCAAUCAAGCGUUUGGGUUAUGGCAACCUUAACAAGGUGGUUCUCUGCUUUGAGCGUACCUUCUGGGACCCGAGCGCGAACCUGUUCGGCCAUGUUGGUACCACCACCGCCAGCAGAGGAGAAUUGUUCCUAUUCUGGAACCUGUACAGCGCGCCCGUACUCCUGGCGCUGGUGGCUGGUGAAGCAGCGGCCGUGAUGGAGAACGUGACGGAUGACGUCAUCGUGGGGAGGUGCAUCGCCGUGCUGAAGAGCAUAUUCGGACACGCGGCCGUUCCGCAGCCUAAGGAAUGUGUGGUCACUAGAUGGCGCGCGGACCCGUACGCUCGCGGCUCCUACAGCUUCGUGGCCGUGGGCUCGUCGGGCACCGACUACGACCUGCUGGCUGCGCCCGUCGCUGGUACCCCGGGGGACAAUAGGCUGUUCUUUGCAGGUGAACACACAAUGCGCAACUACCCGGCGACAGUGCACGGCGCUUUCCUCUCCGGUCUGCGGGAGGCGGGCCGACUGGCGGACAUGCUUCUGCCGCAGCCGCCGAUCACUAACGCCAGUGUUGCCGCCGCCACUGCCGCCGCCAACCAAUCAGCUUAACUAAACAGUUAGAUUGAUGCGUUAGUUAAAAUUAAAAACUAAUUUUAAACAAUAAAAGUGAUGAUAUUAGAGUUAAGUACGACUGAAGUUUUAGUUAUACACUUCACUUAUGUUCAAAUAUUUUUUUUAUGUGCUGCCAUAUUCAUCGUACGCAUUUUGUUGGUCAAGAAUUAAAAUUGUAAUUGUCAGUUUAUAUAAAGUUUGUUAUUAUAUAACCUACGCAUAAUUUGCAAAUACCCUGUGACAGUAUACAGCGUGUUCUAUUCUAGCUCACGAGAGGUCGAUUCGCAGAAUUGCUUCUGCCGCAGCCGCAGAUCACUAAAGCCAGUGUUGCCGUUGCCACUAGCGCCGCCGCUCCCAAACGAUAGGGUUGGUGCUUUAGUUAAACUUACAAAUUAAUUUUAAUCAAUAAAAGUUAUGUUAAAGGAGUAAAAAAGUGUUGCAGUGUACUUGUUUUAAACCAAGGUCGUUAAAGAGUAGAUUCUUAUAUUUUUUUAAUCUUUUUAAUGUUUAAUAAACCUCUUUUACCUAUGAGCAUUGUACAACACAAGCAUGCUGCUUUGUCCAUCCGUUUGCACCACCACACACAACUCCACUAUGGCUCGUGACAAAUCUAAGGAAAGAAAAGCAAGAUAAAUAAUUAAGGUAAUUAUAUUUUGAUACUGGCGGAUGUCACUAGUGUAAUAAAAAUAAAUCUGUUUCUUUUUGUUUUAUUCUAAUCAACUGCAGCACGUUUUGUUUCAAAAUAGAUAUCAUACUCUUCUAAGUUGAAUGUCAUGAUGUAUUUGUUUUUAACUUUAUGUAAUAAUUUGUCUGUCAGUUAUGAUUUCUUCUAAUAAUUUGUCGAACAAUAAACACAUUAUUAAUUAAAUCUUUAAGUCAAGUGGUAUAUCUAUAGAUUUCUGGGUCACAGUUAUUUUAUUGUUAUUUGAUGGUGACAGAUUAUUAAUUUGACGAAUAAUUUUUUCUCAAUUAUUUAAUUGUAACUGACUUAUUGAUUUUAAUUAAUGUGUAUACAAGUUUGUGUGAUACAGAAUAAAAUGUUUAAAAUUAAA